CAUCGUCUCUUCCCUGCUCAUCCAUCAAUGCUACCUGGAUCAAUUGCUCCUCUCCUGUACUCGUAAUACCUGGCAGCAUCAGUAGCAUGCCUUAACUUACCUUGGUCCCAUGCUUGCUUUGCUUGGAGCUGCAUUGGCUGUACGAAUACAUGCGCACAGUACGCGUUACUCCGUACGUCUCAAAGCAAAGCAUUGAUCGAAAAAAGCCUCCCAAUCCCGUUCGUCAGCCAGCAGCAGGAUUCGCCCUCAUCUCAGCUGCGUUGUCCGUAUUAUUCCGUGUCACAGGCCGAAUCAAUGCGCCUGUGCUCCUUCUCGGUCCAUCACCUAUUACCUGUGCUCGUACUAUGAGAUCAAUGGAUGAGGACCUGUACGGAGCGGUACUGCUAGCCACAGUGCUGCUGGUAAACUGGCGGUCCCUUAUCUUGGGAGGGGGCGAGUCGUCCCUGUUUCGCGCUUGGUGUGUAGGAAAAAGGUACUAAGGGCAAAGUACCAGUACUUGCAAAAGUCGUAUGACGGUACAUUUCGUCAUGCAACACUACAAGUACACCCUUCAAUAGCCUGCAGUGACAACCUUGAACCUUCCGAGUCCUCCG